GCUGUGAACCAAACAGAGCCAGAUCCAGACCGUCAGACCUGCAGUCCUCUUCUGUUCCUCCUGUAGUCCUGCUGGAAGAACCGGGUCAGAGCAGACCAGAGUCCUGGAGGAUCUCACUGGAUAUAUAAGACACACAGCGACACAUGGCCAUUUCAUUUAAACUCUUUAGACGGACGACAGGACUCGGUUUGACUCGGUAUGACUCGGUUUGACUCGGUUUGACUCGGCUUUGUUCGCUUCAGCUAUGGAUACGUUAUAAACAAAAUAGUUUAAUUUUUUUUUUGUAACAGUUUUUAUUUGUUUACUUCUUUAUUUUCAUCGUCAGAGUUUUUCAUCUGCUCAGACUGAAGAAGUGAAAAAGAAACUGAACUCAGCAAACAGCUGACUGCCUGACUGUCUGACGACACUUUGCGCAACCGAGACAAUAAUAACACACCGAGACAAAGACGUCAUCAGAGGACAGACCCAGUCUCCCAGUAGGACUGCUGUCUCCUAUACUACCAGAGCUGCUGGUCCCAGUAGGAGGACAAAACCUUGUGCUUUUUAUGCCUUCAGCAACUUGUAGCUACUCCACAGACCGACCAUCUGAGUCUACUGGUUUCUACUGAGUCUACUGGUUUCCUGUCUGUCUGAAGACUAAAGAUGAGCAUGGGCAUGACGGCAGCCAGGUCUCAGCUGUGUCUGAAGAGGCUGUUGGACGAGCCCCAGGACAAUUUACUGAAAUGUAAAGUAGCUCGUCUGGAUCCGAACCCUCCCGCCACCGGCCUAUCACACUGCCUCAGGCCCAGAAGCCCCGCCCCCAAAUCUGACCAGCGCCAAUCCCCAACCAGAGUCGGAUCAUACUUCCUGUUUGAACGCUGUGAGGGGGAGAAGACUUACAGGGCCGUGCACGCACACACAAAGCAGCAAUACACCUGCCAGGUCCUUCCUCUACGUGGUUACCAAGAGCGGUUGGCGUCCUACAGCCGCAUCAGUCCCCAUGACAACAUAUGCAGUCUGCUGGACGUGGUGAUUGGCCAGGACAGCGUGUACGUCUUCCUGCCCGGUCACCACGGCGACAUGCACGCGUACGUGCGAAGCAAGAAGCGUCUCAGCGAGGAGGAGGCGGGGCAUCUGUUCGCUCAGAUGCUGAACGCCGUGGUGCACUGCCAUCUCCACGGAGUCAUCCUGAGAGACCUGAAGCUCCGCAGGUUCGUCUUCACUGACAAAUACAGGACGCGUCUCGCUCUGCUCGGCCUCGACGACUGCAUCCUCCUGCACGGUAACCAUGACGACGACUCUCUGACUGACAGACACGGCUGCCCCGCCUACGUCAGCCCCGAGCUGCUGACCAAUGGGAACAGGUCUUACUCGGGCCGCGCCGCAGACAUUUGGAGCCUGGGCGUGUCUCUCUACACCAUGAUGAUUGGACGAUACCCAUUUCAGGACACGCAGCCCGCCGUGCUGUUCGCCAAGAUCCGCCGCGGGGCCUUCAGCCUGCCUGAUUGGCUGUCGCCGCAAGCCAAGUGUCUGAUUGGCUGCAUGCUGAGGAAGUCGCCCGCAGAGAGACUGACUGCAUCGGAGCUGCUGAUGCACCCGUGGCUGACCAACCCCCGCACGCCACAUCACAACACGCACAAGACGCAUCACAGCUCGCACAAAACACUACAGAAUAAACAAGAGGACGAUGACCAGGUGGUGCCAACAUGGACGGCAAAACACUAACACACACAUUUUGUACUUCUAUACUUGUGAGGACCCACAUUGACAUAUUGCAUCCCUUUAGCACCUAACCGUAACUAAUUAACCCCUACUAGACUAAACCCCAUUCUAACUUUGACCUUAAAACCAAGUCUGAACCCUCAAACAGCUUUCAGACAACCAGUGUUAAUUUCGUUAACGAAAACUAUGACCAAAUAUGUUCGUCAACUACCUUUUUUCCAUGACGAAGACAAAACGAUGACGAGACGGCACCGACAUCACUAAACACUUAACUGUGACUAUAUCAUCAUGCAAUAUUGUUGACGAAA